AUGUCUAUCGUUGUCACGGCCAAAAUUGCUCAAAACGCUGUUUUUUUCUCUGACGAGCGAUUUCGCUGCGAAAUUACUUUUGAAUACCCACUUCCUACGGUCGAAAAAUUUUCUCAAGACAAAAUACAGAGCAUAUCAAGUAAAAAUGGUUUUAUAAGCCACACAAAAACUAACCAGGAACCUAAAUCGCCUGGAAAGAGACUUUCGCCUAAGCAAGUUUCAAAUGGAAAUCCCUUGUCAGCAAUAGUAGAGAACCCCUCGAUUCAAAAUAGCAUAGCUGGAGAUCUUGGUGAAUCGGGAAUGUUUGGAUUCCGUAACUUGGUCAAAAGAUCGACACUAACUGCGUUUGCGUCCUCAACACUCUCUUUAUUUUCUUUGGGUACUGGAGACUCACAACCACCGUUAUCACCAAUACGAAAUAAUGAACUUACUGAAAAAAAUAGUAACAAUGUUGCUCAAUCAACGGCAUCGCCGUUUGCUUACAUAGAAGAAGAGGCUUAUGAUGAUGGUGGGCUAAUUAAUUUAAAGCAGGCUGAUGGUAGUGACAGUGUUUCUGUUAGUGAUUAUGAUACUUCAGAAUCAUCUCCACGAAGUUCUGCUGAUUUUUAUGUACAUGGAUAUUCUGACGACAGAAGUAGUAAUAGUUGGAGUGGGUCAUUAACCGAUUAUAAAAGAAAUAGUGGUGGUAGUGGACGUUCUUCAAUUGGAAGUGGGAGAUGUAGUUCUUCACCUACUCUUAGUCAAAAGUAUGAAACAUUACUAUGGGGGUUUGCACAGAUAGUUGGGCAAUUUGUGGUAGAUAGUUCUUUAGUGAAAUCUAUUGAAUUUGAACCAUUAAAAACAAAGACAAUGUACAGACCAGCUAGUGGGAGUGGUGCUGGAGGUUCUGUAGGUGGUGGAACAUUGGGAAUAUUCACGCCAAACUCUAUACAUCCUUCAAGUUUACAAGAUCUCCAAGAACGAGCGGAUAGUAAAUCUAUACCUGUCUUUUCAACACCACCAUCAAUAUUAUUUUGUGAUUUACACUUGACGCCGGGGGAGACUCGAACUUACACAUAUGAGGCUAGGCUACCAACAGAUUUACCCCCGACACACCGUGGUAAAGCAAUUCGGUUUAAUUAUAAUUUGAUAAUAGGAGCUCAUCGAGGCGGGUUGAAUCAACAAUCACAUAUAGUUCAGUUGCCUUUCCGUGUAUUUAACUUCGUCUCUGAUGAUGGUUCGAGGCCAGUUUAUGAUUUGAUGAAUCCAGUUAUUAUUUAUAAAGAUGAAGCUGUGAUAAAAUGUAAAGAAGAUAAUCCAAGGCGAUCAUCAAUAGUAAAAAAACGAGACAAUAAGCGCGAAGAAUUCAUAGAUUAUGUGACAAAGCUUGCUCAAAGCUCCGAAGAUGUGCAUUUAGACAUGGACAAUAAAAGUGAUGGAAAGGGUGAUAGUGAUAAUUAUGUUUUUGUAGAGAAGGAUGUGAGCUCUCUUACCAACACAGCAAAUGUUGUAUCAAAGAACGCACGGAAAGUAAAUUAUGACAUUUGUAAAAAUAAUCAGCGAGUGGCACAGUUAUGUCUUUUAAAAACAUUGUAUCGGUUGGGAGACAUUGUGAUGGGGACACUAAAUUUCAAUGAUGCUAUUAUACCUAGUUAUCAGGUAUCUAUCACAUUGGAGAAUAGUGAGUUGGUUGAAUCAUCUGUAGCUAAUCGCACACAACAGCAAAUAUCGCGUUUGACACGCAAAAUACAUGGUGAACAUCAUGAAUUUUGUCUUAAUGCAUCACGUAUAAGUUUCUCUAUUCCUAUACCGACCAAUAGCACACCAGACUUUGCGACAACAGGGGUGAAACUUCAAUGGAGUUUACGAUUAGAAUUUAUUACUGGAACUAAGAAUAAUUAUCCGUUGAUGCCGCUUAAUGCGGAUGAACGUCAUCAUUAUUAUCAAGCAAUCGAAGAUGUUAAUGUUGAAACCUUUGAUUGUUCCAUUCCAAUUAAAGUAUAUCCUACAUCAUGUGAAUCAGCACGGACAUUUCCUUCUCAACAUACUUUUCGUGUAUCAUAA